GUUGCUUCUGUCAAGUGUUGUUUUGUCUUGCAUUGUUUGGGAUCUCUUGUCUUUGUUUUCGCCGGGACCCUCCGUCCAUAGUUUUUUUGGUCGAGAGCUGGGCCCAGCGCAACGCGAUGCUUUUUUCUUAUCUCUUGGCUUGCCUAAGACCUCUAUUUGUUUUUUUUCUGGUCGAGACCUGGCCGCAGCAGCAUAGCGUGAUGUCUUUUGGUUUUGUUUCUUCCCUCAUCUACUCGUUCUACAUUUUUUGGGUUCUCGUUUCCUGCCGGGCCCUUCUGUCCAUCAUCUCGGUCGAGAAUUGGGCCUAGCAGCAUGGCGUUUUCUUGCACAUUCCCCCCUUUCUUCUUAUCUGCCGUUUUUUUUUUUUUUUUUUUU